AAUGCAUUACAAUUGCAAUUGAAUUAAUCGAAAAGCUCUUCUCCGCCUAGCUAGACGUGCAUUAUUCUCUGAGCCACCCCUCUUCAUAACACUUUGCUAUAGUGUGCCUGUUGUGGCCUCAGCAGACAGAGAGUCGUCUCUAGCGCUGUUAGCUUGUAGCUGUGUGAGGAGAUCUCAAGAUUCAAGAACUCGCCAUGACUAUGCUCGAGAACAACGCACAAGAUGCGCCCCCUGUGCCCGAGGCGGUGAUGUUCGAGAGCACUCAGGGUAUGACAAUCUUAGAUGAGAGGCCGUCCCACUACAUACAACUGAAAUAUCUGCCCGGUUAUUGCCUUGCCAAUCCAUCGUACAAACCUAGAAAAGUACUGUUCAGACAUCGUGAUGGAAGGCUGUUAUCGGGAUGUGGUGGUGACGUGGAGGUGUUCCAUCCGAUGGAGUUAGAGCGUUCACAGAAUACGGGACUACCAAUACGCGGUACAGUAGUAACAGUUUUUGGCGGUAAAGACACUGUGAUCGGUAUACAAGCGGUAGAAGGUGGAGAUCACUUCCUUGUACAUGGUGAAUACUACUGCUGCCUGCUCCAUCAGUCGUAUUUGGUCGAAGGUGGUGUGGCGCCAGAACAUCGUGUGCUACGACUACCGGCUCCGAUUCGAUCGCUCAAUGUGGAACGACACGGAAAGAACGACCUUCUUCUCUCAUUUCUUCUCGAAAAUGGAGUAUUCCACUACAGCCUCAGCACUAACAUGGAAUAUUCGACCUUUGAAUGUUUACAGUGUUAUCGUUGCACUCGUCCCAUACAAUCUGGGUUACUGUGGCGAGAUGGUGGAAUCCUCCAUGCAGCGUACUAUGACGGUUUUGUCCGAGUCGGCAUCAUCGUCGAAGAGUACGACGACAUGCUUCUCGUCCAGCGCCUAACAGUAUCGAAAAAUAACGUGAACAACUUACUGGACGUGAUUUUCUCUGAAAUCAAACGCCUUUCGGACUAUGAAGACGCCGAAAGGGAAAAGCGUACGAGCAUGGUGGAGAAAAUGAAGAACAUUAAGGCAAAGUUGCGCGGAAGUCAAUUAUCUUUGGAUGAAGAUCCAGAAAAGCUAGCCAAUUCCCCUUCACCCUCCACCCAAGAAGUGAACAACACACAAGAUGAUGAUGAGGAAAAAUACAAUGCUCAUAUGGAGUUCAGUUCGCUCAAAGUCGAGUUCCGCAAUCACUCAGUCCGGGCCGAUCGCGUCUCUCAACGUCUUCUCGCUCUUCGAAAGCUUCUCGUACUCUCACAAAAGGCUAUCGAGGCAAAUGCGGCCAUGAAUAAUUCGAUUUCUCUUAUACAAUCGGAGUUGGACGAGUUGACCCAGUUCUCAAAGCUACAUGACGAGUGUUUAGAAAGCGGAAAUUACAGUUUAAUUGAAAAAAGCCGAGCGGUGUUUGAAGAACGAAAAUACACAGUCCAAGAACUAAUGAGGAAAGCAAGAGCUAGCGAAAUGGAAUUGUUCAUUUCCGAAUGGGACAAAAAGGUCUCAGCAAUAAUUGAAUCGAUGAACGGCAGUAUGGAUCCAGCCAAGGACAUGCGUCUCAUUCUUUCACAACAUAUUUUCGAGCAUCGAGCCGAGAAAAAUGAUCACUUCACACAUUUUCUUCUUGACGACACGCAACGAGAGCCAACACUAUAUUGCAUGUCAGGAUUGACGACACUGGCAGUUUAUCCCCGAAAAGGAAAGCGAGUCGCAUCAAUUUCUUUGGACUCCUCGUACGAAACCAAGCUUACAUCUGCGUGUUUGAUGCGCGGUGUAGAAGGAGUUUAUGUAACAGAUGACAAGGAAGUCUUCCCAAUCUACUUUUACCGCCGACGAGGUUCUCCACCGGGUUUUCGAGAAAAACGGUUUUUCGAUGCUGGCAAUUCUAUUUCGCUACCGUCAUUUGAUGAUCUAACCUCAAUACUGAUGGAAAACGAUGGGAUGAUUCUUGGCAGUUGCUCUGGUGGACUGCUCCAUUUAGCAUUCGAUCCUGAGAGAAAAUAUGAUCAUUUUAUCAUAGCUAGUAGUCUAAUGUGUCACCCCUUCUCUCAUGGACCGGUUAACGACCUCAAAAUUUUGAAUACGGAAGAUACUUACCUAGCUCUACAUUGCUCUGACACCGAAGUUGUCAUAUCGGAGAGAGAUCAAGAUCGCUGGCAUCGCGUUACCUAUCAUGAAGGUGGUGCCCUCUGUCUUGCGAGUACUCCUUUCUCUUUGGAGCAUCGUGGAGCUUUUGCCGUAACUGGCAGCAAAACGUAUGUGCGGAUCAAAGCACUGCACUACACCGAAGAUAACUUGGUGGGAUUACAUGAUCUCGGACAGUCGCGUGUGACUGAUGAUAAUGGUAAAGAUGUUGAGGUGCUGAAUGUGAGUCUUGAUCCAACCAUGGAAUGCCGUCCACUUCCAUGUAAACUUCGCUACUCGGUCGGAUACGCGGACAAAGCUAUCAGAACGUAUGUUGCCUUGUUGACAGGCCAACAUGAAUUUACUGUGGCCGAAAAAUUCAUUGCUCAAAUAGAGCCACUUCACUGCGUCGCACUGAUGAUUUGCUUCCAUGGGCGACCAAUGGGUUGCUAUGCAGCAAGUGGCAAAACAUUGCAAGUUUGGAAUGACCUCGACAGACAUCAACAGAAAAAGAUGAAAAGUGAAAGGAUGGAAUUACGCAAGAUGGAAGUAACUAUAUCGUCAAUGGCAAGAGUGGAGGGAAGAUCUUGCUACCUCAUACUUGGAUACAAGGAUAGCCGAGUACAGAUUUUCGAAGAAAGGGGAAAAGGAACUGGCAAAUUAGACUCGGUCGGAUGGAUAGACGAUUGCCAUCCCAACUGCGACAUACGUCCUGUUACUGUCCUUCGCGCUCGCGUAGAUCCGCUAUCGUCCGGUGAUAGGCUAUUCAUACAUUCUAUGGCUGGAUCAUGUAUAUUUAUUCACUCAGCUCUUAUAGAGGCAGGAAAAGUCAUUGAGGUAAACUUUAUUCUCGCCACCAACCACGGGUUGGCUGGUGCCCGCUCUUUUGAAACUCUUGAUUCGAGACCAUUUGAAUAUGCUGUGUUUGGUAGAGGAAUAGACAUGCACAAACUUACCAGCGAAGAGCGGAAAUGUCUGGAGAAAUACAGAGACUUUGAAUUCUAAUAAGCACCCUAACUUACUCUGAGAGAUAUACCUAAGAUAUUCGCUAGAGCAAAUUCCAAAAUGUAUUUAUAAUCCUCAAUAAUAAGCAUCUAUUACUCAGUGAUAACGAUUCAAUUAGUCGACAGCAACGCACGCACCAUUCGGCUCGGUAAAGUCAUCCGUUAUAUUUUACUUGGUUGAAAUAGUCGAGUAAACGUCGACCCUUCGUAGACUGACUGACCCUAUUGUAAAACACCGACCGAGUGCGAAUUUAGUCGACCUCAGUCAAAUUUUGUGCGCCAUGACUAAUGCAUUAUCUGUUUCGGGUAUGAUUUUGUGCCUUUUAUAUGUUUGGGUUCAUUUCAAUGUGAUAAUUUAUGUUCACUUAUAUGAUAAACUUUGCAGAAA